AUGGCUGCAAUUGAGCUGAUGGGAAUAAAAACAGACUCAUGGGGUCCAAUAAUAAGCUGUUUGAUCUCGAAAAAAUGGGAUGCUGAAACAAACAGGUUAUAUGAGUCUUCUAUCAAGGAUCCGUUGGUAAUUCAAUGUUUAGAAGAUCAAAUCAACUUUUUGCGAAACCGUUUUCAAUCCUUAGAGGCAACACCCAACAGUCCCAGAUUGACGGCGACAAAUGCAGCACAGAACAAGAGGCAUAAGAUCGUGUGCAGUUUUUGCCAAGACCAACAUACGAUAAGUUAUUGCCCAAAGUUCAGGGGCCUGUCAGGGACAGCACGGAGCCAGGCAAUAAGAGAAAAAAAUUUGUGCAAUAAUUGCCUAUGGCAUGAUGCAGCUGCAAAAUGCACAUCAGAAAGAAGAUGUGCAGUGUGCUCGAGACGUCAUCAUACGCUCUUGCACUUUGAAAAGACGGAACACAAAACCCAAUCAAAGAGUCCAAUAGUACUACUAGCAAACGCCCUCAUUAAAGCCACAACAGUGAGUGGAGGUGUGGAGUAUGCACGAGUACUCAUCGAUCAAGGCUCUCAAGCAUUCUUGAUCACGGAAGAAGCAGCAACCCUAUUAGCCCUUCCAAGGCAAAAGGUAUCCACAGACCUAUCAGGUGUUGGAGAUGGGGACAUAAAAACGUCAAGCCAACAAGUGACACUUACUUGUAGCCCAAGAUUCCCGAGUACAUUUAAGCUGACAACAAAUCUCCUAGUGCUACCCAAACUAACAAGGACACUGCCUGAAAAAAGUUUUGAUAUAGACAUGGAACAAUGGCAGAACAAAGUAUUGGCUGACCCAACGUUAGGGUGGUCCAGAAACGAAUUAAAAAAGUGAAGUUGUAAAUAGACUUAUUCUCACCCUCUAAUUUUUUUAUAUAAAGUAAAAAAAGUUAUUUUAGAAAAUUUGAACCCUCUAGCUUAAUUAGAAGGGAGUGCUCACAGCUAUGAUAGAAUGAAUCUGAAGACAAUAUAUCCACAUGAAAAUCAUGGUCCAGAACUCUUAGUAGCAUAAAUUGCAGCUUUUUUG